GUACUUCAUGAUAUUCAGGUAAUUAGAGGUGGUAGGAGAAUUGAGGUCUCAAUAUAUGAUCUUGUAGUUGGCGAUGUUGUUCCUCUCAAAAUUGGCGAUCAGGUCCCUGCAGACGGCAUUUUAAUCAGUGGUCAUUCUCUUGCAAUUGAUGAAUCCAGUAUGACUGGGGAGAGCAAAGUUAUCCAUAAGGAUCAGAAGGCGCCAUUUUUGAUGUCUGGAUGCAAAGUUGCUGAUGGUUAUGGUAAUAUGUUGGUAACUGCUGUUGGGAUCAAUACUGAAUGGGGGUUGUUGAUGGCCAGUAUUUCAGAGGAUACUGGUGAAGAAACUCCUUUGCAGGUACGCUUGAAUGGUGUUGCUACUUUCAUUGGCAUUGUAGGGCUCAGUGUAGCUGUUGUGGUUCUUUUAGUCCUUUUAGUCAGAUACUUUACUGGACAUACCAAGAACCCUGAUGGUUCUGUGCAAUUUAUAAAGGGACAGACAAGUGUAAAGUCUGCAGUGAAUGGAGCCAUUAAGAUCUUGACAGUUGCAGUGACUAUUGUGGUUGUUGCGGUACCUGAGGGGCUUCCAUUGGCUGUCACUUUGACUCUGGCAUACUCAAUGCGAAAGAUGAUGGCUGACAAGGCUCUGGUGCGUCGGCUUUCAGCAUGUGAAACUAUGGGGUCAGCUACGACUAUUUGCAGUGACAAGACUGGAACUUUGACCCUGAACCAGAUGACUAUUGUGGUGGCAUACGUUGGUGGGAAGAAGAUAGAUCCUCCAGACAAUAUUGAAUCGAUGCCUUCUAAUGCAGUAUCUCUUUUAAUUGAAGGAAUUGCACAGAAUACAACUGGCAAUGUGUUUGAGCCAGAGAGUGGCGGGACUAUUGAGGUUACCGGGUCACCUACUGAAAAGGCUAUCCUUUCUUGGGCAGUCAAGCUUGGCAUGAAGUUUGAUGAUGCAAGAUCGAAAUCUUCAAUUCUUCAUGUCUUCCCCUUCAAUUCUGAGAAAAAGCGUGGUGCUGUUGCAGUGCAUGUGGGAGGUUCUGAAGUUCGUGUACAUUGGAAAGGCGCUGCUGAAAUUGUUCUAGCCACAUGCUCACACUGGCUUGAUGCAGAUGGUUUGGUGCAACCAAUGACCUCAGACAAGGCUGACACAUUUAAGAAAUCGAUUGAAGAUAUGGCAGCAGUUAGCCUUCGAUGUGUUGCUUUUGCUUACAAACCAUAUGACUUGGAAAAAGUUCCAAAUGAGGAACAAAGAGACAGCUGGCAGUUGCCUGAGGAUGACCUGUUUCUACUUGGUAUCGUGGGCAUAAAGGAUCCUUGUCGACCUGGGGUCAAAGAUGCCGUAGAGCUAUGCACUCAUUCAGGUGUCAAGGUACGCAUGGUCACUGGGGAUAAUCUUCAGACAGCUAAAUCCAUAGCUCUUGAAUGUGGGAUACUUAAAGAUGCCAAUGCUUCAGAGCCCAGUCUUAUAGAGGGAAGAGUAUUUCGUGCCAAGACUGAUCGAGAAAGGGAUAGCGUUGCUGAGAAAAUAACUGUGAUGGGAAGGUCUUCCCCCAGUGACAAGCUUCUCCUUGUACAAGCACUAAAGAGACUAGGUCAUGUAGUUGCUGUCACGGGAGAUGGCAGUAAUGAUGCUCCUGCAUUGCAUGAGGCAGAUAUUGGUCUUGCAAUGGGCAUUCAGGGAACAGAAGUAGCUAAAGAAAGCUCAGACAUCAUUAUAUUAGAUGACAAUUUUGCAUCAGUUGUGAAGGUUGUCCGCUGGGGUCGUUCUGUAUAUGCAAAUAUUCAGAAAUUUAUCCAGUUCCAGCUCACUGUCAAUGUUGCAGCGCUUGUAAUUAAUGUUGUUGCUGCGGUUUCAUCUGGUGAAGUUCCUUUGAAUGCUGUCCAGCUCCUUUGGGUCAAUCUCAUUAUGGACACACUUGGAGCACUUGCAUUGGCAACGGAACCACCAACAGACCGCCUCAUGGACAGAUCUCCUGUUGGUCGAAGGGAAUCUCUAAUUACAAAUGUCAUGUGGAGAAAUUUGAUAGUCCAGGCUUUAUAUCAAGUGGUGAUCCUCCUGGUACUUAACUUUGAUGGGAGGAGUAUUUUGCAUUUGAAGCAUGAGAGCCAAGAGCAUGCAGACAAAGUGAAAAAUACAUUCAUUUUUAAUACAUUUGUCCUAUGUCAAAUCUUCAAUGAGUUCAAUGCUCGGAAACCAGAUGAAAUUAAUGUGUUCAGUGGAUUAACCGGAAACCACCUCUUUAUGGGGAUAGUAGGAAUUACAGCUCUACUUCAGGUCUUGAUUAUCGAGUUUCUAGGGAAGUUUACAUCAACUGUGAAGCUCAAUUGGAAGCUGUGGCUAGUUUCAAUUGGCAUUGGUUUCAUAAGUUGGCCUCUGGCUGCUCUUGGGAAACUCCUCCCUGUUCCAAUAAUGCCAUUUGGAGACAUCUGUAUGAACUGGUUUAGCUGGCGGAGAAAGCAAGAUGAUAUGGUGCAGGGCGACUCCACUAAUAGGCUGUAAGAGUGGAUUUUCAAUUGGAAGCUGGAAAUUUGUAUAUAGGAGUAGGUUAUACAUGAUGAAAUUUUACAUGUUUCUAUGGAUCUAGUGAGAACGAAGUUAUUGCUUCAUCCCUUGCAGAUAUUUGCUUUUCAAUAUCAAUACAGAAAGGGUUCAGCGGUCAGAACGUUCGCACUAAAAGUUGUUCUGGAUGACCGGUGGAAUGUCUUAUCGUCCUAAGUAUGCAUAGGGUUUUGAUACUUAUAGAUGGCUCCACUCCAACUUCUGACUUUUUGUACUUUAAUUACUUAUAGAUUCUCCUGAUCUUUGAGGAUAUUCAAUGGCUAGUCGGUGCACCAUUCCUUUGGGGAGUGUAGGAUGAAGUCAAUUUUGUUUGGCAUAGGUUCGAGUAUUUUAAUGCGUAAGAAUGAUGUUUCUAUAUAAAA